AUGUGUUCAUCUCUCACUAACAAAACGCUGGUGAAAGGAAUAAAGCAAGCUUGCCCAAUCGAACAAACGAGUUGUUUGGACGGAUUCCAUUCUGUGCUGAAUCAAUUCUCUCACUUACAGAGGAAUGUUUUGUACAUGUAGGUAUGUAUUGUACAGGUACUGUAAUGAUGUAGGUUUGGCAUACUGUACACUUUGAAUACUGCACAGGGGCGGUUCAGUCUCAUCUGAGGGUUGCACUGCAGAUUUUUCAGGGGGGUGCUCCCUUCUACCAACAGUGAAAAUUAUGUCAAAGACGCCUUAGGAGUAUACAUGUCCAUAACGAGUAUACAUGUGUAAUUUUUUGCAGGCAUGCCUUAGCGGUUAUGCACUUCAAUCAAAACCUAUCUCGGGAAACAAGAAUGAAAAAUGGUGUUGAACAAUGCAAUGUUGUUUAUCCCAAGUUCAUGAAUGGAGAAGCAGUUGUCAGAAAGGUUCCAGUCAAGCAAAACUUUGGUAAGGUGAUUGGUUAGUCAUUUACAAUUACAUACAAUGUACAGUGUGGCAAAGUUUCUCUGAAUGCCACCACUACAUAGUUUAGAGCGGUUUAUAACAUCAAACAAUUGACAAUGAAGAGGACUCCUUUCAAUUGUUUUUGAUGAAAAACAGUAUAAAUAUACAUUUUUUGUUUUUAAUAGAUUAUGUGGAGGACAUAUAUCACAAUCCAUGA